GGAUCGGGGGUUGGGAAGGCGCUUGUGGGCUUCGAGAGUUUGGCUCGGGGUUGGUGGGCUGUUUAGAUUUCUGAAGGUGCGGAAGCGGAGGGCUGCGCUGCUAACGUUAACUCGGGAACCAUGAUCAGAAAGCACGGGGAUCCAGGAGAACCAGCAGCAAAAUUAGCAUCCUCCUAGAGGAGCGCGGGAAGAGAAUGAGUGAUACUCAGCCCAAAAUGGAAGUAUGUCCUUAUUGUAAGAAGUCAUUUAAACGAUUAAAAUCCCACUUGCCAUACUGUAAGAUGAUCGGAACAACCAUACCUACUGAUCAAACAAUCUCUCGGUCAAAGCCAUCUACCCAUCCACGUGCCAAAAAAGUAAAGGAGCUGAUCAGAGACUUAACUGAAACCGAAGGGAAAGAGUUUAGGACAAAGAGUGAGGAAAGAAAUGCGAAAUUGAGACAGGACAAACCAGGACAAACAAUUGCUUCCUGUCCACAACUAGCUGUUGGCUUGGAAAGAGCAAGUACUACAAAGGCAGAUAAAGAUAUAAAGGAUCAAAAUCGGCUCACCAUCAAAAUGUUAAAACACACUGAACCAAAGAUUACUUUCCAAGGAGAAACUAAAGCUCAGUUUUAUGCAUCUAAUGACAAUUCUAAAAGAGAACUUGCUAAAGGUGUGUCUGUAUCAGAGAAAAGUAGAUGUAAUCCUUCAGAAACAGAAGCACUGUUACUGGCUGGCUCAGUGGAACCUUCUUUGUUGAAUCAAGAUAGAAAAUAUUCCUCGCCUGUACCUAAUGAUGCACAACAAGCCUUAUCUGCAAAUUUGAAACUGGACACAGUUGACCCCCAAAGACAGGGGCUUCUAGUAAAAUUACUAGAUAUGCCUACUGGUGAUCACCAUCAGUCUCCAAGGAAUCUCACUGAUAGGGUUCAAAAAUUAACAGCCGCAGUGUUAAGCAAGGAGAGAGAUUCCAGAGGCAGAGGUCACCUCCCAGGAGUCUUCACUGGUGUUGAAGACGCUGAGGGUCAGAAAAUGAACUUAGAAUCACUCACAUUAGACCUUCACAUUAGCCCUUUAGCUAAAAUCCAAGUUGAGAAUGAAGAAAAAAGACUUGGUGUUGGAGUAAAGGGGUGUGGGAGCAAAGGAGAUGCAGAGAAAAGUAGAUUUGCAACAGAGAUGCGCAAGUGGGAUUCUGUGAGCCAUGGCUCCAAGAACUGUGGCUUUGGUGAUUCAGCCACAGAAGAGAAACUGGAAGGCGAAGGUCCACUUUUAAAUGUGUUCACUCCACAGGAGGCAGCUCACACUGAGUUUCUUCGUGUAUUGCAGUCAAAUAAUCAAAGACCUGCCUCUCUGGCUGUGGAAUCUGUUCAAGAAGAGAAAGCACAAAUCUGCAGUCAUAAUCAAGCCCCUGAUGUAAAGUUAUUAAGGGAAAGUAAGGAACAAGAAUCUCUGGAGCCCAGAUCUGGCUGUCAGCCCCAGGCUUUGCACUCUAGGUGCCAGAAGUCAUCAUCUGCCCAGCAUCACCUUUCUAAAAGCACCUUCAUUAAUCAUGUUGGUGCCACAGACAGAAAGAGCCUUCCUGGCUCCAUUGGGUUGGAAUGGUUUCCAGAUCUUUACUCUGGUUACCUUGGACUAGGAGUGUUGGCGGGGAAGCCUUAUUAUUGGAAUGCAGUGGCCCAGAAGCCUCAGCUCACCGGUCCUCAGUGGGGAAGUCUCUCCCAAGGCUGGAUCCGGUGCAGCACCACCCUAAAGAAGAGUGGAAUUGGUAGCAUCACGAUGCUCUUUACUGGAUACUUCACCCUGUGCUGCAGCUGGAGCUUCAGACAUCUGAGGCGGCAGCUUGCAUUCCUGAGCAAGUCUUCCAGCAGUGUGCCAAGAAAUUCAGCGUGAGAUUCCAUGCCAGCAGGCCACCCUCCCAUCAUCAUGUGGAAGAGUUCUGACAGUCCCCAGGCCAUCUUCGUCCUCAACAAGACUCCUGCUAAAAGUUGGAAAUAUUCUAGGAAGCUGAGGUAGGAGCAUCACAAGUUUGAGCCCGGACAGGGUAACUUAGCAAGUCCCUAUCCCAGAAUUUUCAAAAGGGUUGAGGAUGUAGUUCAGUGUAAGGCCAUGGAUUCAGUCAUCAAGAUUGCAGAGAGAAGCAAAAGAAGACCGCAUGCCUUAGUCUCCAGCCACAAAUGGAUAAACAUACAAAUGGAUAAACCCUGUGCUGCCUAGUUUUGCUUAAUCCUGAGUAAUAUUUGAAAUACAGAGAUCCAAGGAAACUUUUUCUAAACCUUAAAAUAUUUAGCUAUUAGGUACCACAGUGCAUACGCAUAAUCCCAACUGCUUGGGAAGCUGAGAGGAGUGAUUACAAGUUCAAGGCCAGCGUGGGCCUUAGUAAGAGCUUGUCUCAAAGUAACAUUUUUAAAAGGGCAAGGGUAUAUCUCAGCAGUAGAGCAUAAGCUUAGUAUGCAUGAGGCCUACGAUUCCAUCUCUACCAAAUAAAAGAAAAUGGAAAGUCAUUUUGUUAUAUUCACAGGAUAUUCUGUACUCUAUGGAAAA